AAACCCACCUUUAGCCGCCACGUGGCACCGCGUCAAUCUCUUUUCCUUAUUUCCGCUUUUGUCCUCCGUUUUUCAACCCUCAACUCGAAUCCCGGUCAACUGUUUCGACACCCCGUUCAUUAUUUUUUUCUUUCAAUUAGAAAUCUCACGCGCCGUCUCUUCUGAAUUUUCCACACCCAACCUAUACAUACACCGCAGUGUACGUAUACCUCCGCAUUUUGCUGCGCAGUGGGAAUGAGAGUGAAGGAUGAGGAACUCGAAGCACGCGAGGCAGCAGCAGCAGCAGCAGCACAGGCCGAGGCUCGACCGGCGGAACGCCGUUAAGAACAUAGACUACGACGCCGCCGAAAGUGCGCCGCCGUCCUCCUCCGACGAACGAUCCGUGUACAAAACUAGGUCGCUCGACCUGCCGUUGUCGAGUCGCACCAGCUUCCGCGUGGAAGGAGCUGAAGGAGAAGUCGAUCAGAUUUUCCAGGAUUUGGGGUUUGUUCCAGACGAUUUCUCGAUUUCCGCGGCGGCUUGGGAGGCGAGCAAGGGUUUGUCGCAUUCGGGUAAUUUUAAGACUGCUUCGAGCGAGCCGAGUGAUUUGAAUGAGCUGGUGGACUAUUUUGAUGCAAGGGUUAGGGUUAGUGAUGCUGAAGUGGAAGAUGUAGUUGAUGUGAAUUCGGGUGGUUUUCGAGACGAAGUUGGUGAAUUUGAAGUGGAGAAUAAGCUGAUUACUAAUGGUGGAUUGGGAAUUGUAGGUAUUAGGCAGUCGAAUUUGGCACCUGCUCCGUUGAUUACUCAGUCGAGCGAUCCAGGUGAGUUUCGCAACAGAGUUGGAGGUAGAAUAAACAUUGGUAAUGGUGAAGAGAAGGAAGUGAGUGGAUUGGGAAUUGUAGGCAUUAGGCAGUCGAAUUUGGCACCUGCUCUGUUGAUUACUCAGACGAGCGAUCCAGGUGAGUUUCGCAACCGAGUUGGAGCUAGAAUAAACAUUGGUAAUGGUGAAGAGAAGGAAUUGAGUGAAAACAAUGUGAGAAGUGAGGUUGCAGGUAAUGGCGAUUGGGGAAUUAAGGGGAGCAGGCCCCCACUAUUGUCCCCUCCACCGGUGAAGAUGCCGUCGGUUGUGGAUGAUAGUAGCUCCACUUGGGAUAUAUUUCAUGCAUUUGGUCCUGAAGAUGCCCAGGAUCUAUAUGCUGUAAAUGAAGUUGAAGAAUAUACGGAAGUUGAGAGGGAAGAACAGAGAAAUGAUGAUGUGGCAAAUACGAGGGGGCUUGGUUUGGAGUCACGUUCGAGUUCUUCCAAUGGUGGAGAUUCUGUUCACUCGAUGGGGGAAAGUAAUCACACUAUCUCACCAAGCGGUUCGUUCAGGUGCAGUAUCAUGUCUUGGCAGAAGGGCGAUUUCCUUGGAAGCGGAUCGUUUGGAACUGUGUAUGAGGGAUUCACCGAUGAUGGGUUCUUUUUUGCUGUGAAGGAGGUAUCUUUACUGGGCCAAGACAGCCAAGGCCAACAAAGUAUUUAUCAGCUCGAACAGGAGAUAUCUUUUUUAAGAGAGCUUCAACACGAGAACGUUGUUCGCUAUUUGGGCACUGAUAAAGACAAUGAAAAACUCUAUAUUUUCCUUGAGCUUGUAACAAAAGGUUCACUUGCAAAACUCUAUGACAAAUAUCAGCUUCGAGACUCCCAAGUUUCUGCAUACACAAGGCAGAUUUUAAGUGGGCUGAAUUAUCUUCAUUGCCGAAAUGUAGUUCACAGAGAUAUCAAAUGCGCCAAUAUACUGGUGGAUGUAAGCGGCUCCGUGAAACUGGCAGAUUUUGGAUUGGCAAAGGUAACUACCAAACUGAAUGACAUCAAAUCUUGCAAAGGGACACCAUAUUGGAUGGCUCCAGAGGUAGUGAACCAAAGGAACCAUGGCUAUGGUCGUGCUGCUGACAUAUGGAGCCUUGGGUGCACUGUGUUGGAAAUGCUAACCGGUCACAUUCCUUACUCUCACUUGGAAGGGAUGCAAGCGUUGUUCAGAAUAGGCAGAGGCGAACUUCCUCCGAUACCCAACACCUUAUCGAAAGACGCUCAGGAUUUUAUACUCAAAUGCCUGCAAGUCAACCCAGAAGACCGCCCUACUGCCGCUCAACUAUUGGAGCAUCCGUUUGUGAAGAAGCCAUCUUCGUCGUCUUUUCCAAGUCCUGCCACUCCACGUUAUGCCAUGCGCUUGUAAGAGAAUUCAACAAGAUUCAUUGAAUGAAGAUGUUAGAAUAUUUAUGCUGCAUAGACUUUUCCGAAGGUGUCCACGGAGAAUUGUGCUACCCAGUUCAAAAUCGCGAAAUCGAAUAAUUCGGUCACGAGGAGAAAACGAAGUGCUAUCUGCUCUAGUGAUGUGGUAAGAUCUCCAUUUGAUAUUUGAGAAGUUCGGAAAUUUUGGUACUGGUGAUUUACGAGAAGUAGAACCAAACACCUGAUGGACUGAAAA